AUGAGCGGAGGGCCAGGCGAUUUCACCGGCGGAACGGGCCCAAUAGCGACAUCUUCAUCGUCAAUAAAAACAGGCCCGGCCACCCAUACCAUUUCAGUUGCGCCAAAGCAGAGUCCACACGGGUACGAUCCAAAUUCCAUUGAGGCAGAUGUAGGCGAUGAAAUUGUUUUCGAGUUCUAUCCGUCGAACCAUUCGGUGGUGAGGGCCGAUUUCAACGCUCCGUGUGUGCCGGCAAGCCAUGAUCCUAAAAUAUGGACCUGGACGGUUGAUACUGCGGAGCCGACUUUCUUCUACUGUACUGCGAUUGGUUCAUGCAUGACCAACGGAAUGGUUGGCGCGAUCAACCCGAAUGAAACCAUGUCCUGGGAAAAGCAAUACAAUAAAGCCAAGCGUGCGCCGUUCCAACUGGAACCGGGCCAGAGCCCUCCAGCCGAAGGUCGAGAAGGAGGUCAAUCAACAGACACACCCCAAAAUCCAUCCCCCCACAGCCACUCUCUAAGCGGCGGCGCCAUUGCCGGCAUCGUUGUGGGCGCGGUAGUCGGCCUCGCCGUACUCGGCGCCCUCUUCUUCCUCCUAGGCCGCCUGGAUAUUUACCGCAAAUGGGUCCGGUCCGAAGAUGGCGCCAGCGCCGACCGCACGCGGCGAUGGGCGUUAUCGGCCAGCGGUGGCGGGUGGUCAACAGGCGCGAAGAGCGAGGUUGGUGGCGCGCCGCCAAGCGAGAUGGGUACAACUGCCGUGGGUUCGCAACCGGGUCAUAUGAGCUACAUGAGCGUGGAUAGUUCGUUGAAUAACCGACAAUCGACUGCUGGGUUUAACCCAUCUUCCCCUCCGCCGUCAUGGGGCUGGGGUAAGCAAGGCGGUGGGAAUAUCAAUGGCGUUGUGGAGUCGAAUAGACCAGCGGAUAUUCCGGAACACGUACCACAGGAGUUGAGCGGUGAUGGGACAGGCAACUUUGCUGAACUGGAUGCCGGGACUUACCUUCCUCCUACGCCGAGGAAGUAGUAGUUGGGGCGCUCAGUUGUAUAUGAUGGAGAAUGGGCUUAAUGCUAGAACGGGGUUUUAUCUCUUUUGUUUUCCUGUCAUGUUUUGCUAAGGUGUUACUAUUAUGGGUGUGUUUAUACAGAAACUUAUGGGAAUUGCUUUUAAUCUCAAUGUCGAUCAAAUUUUGCCGCUUUUUCGGGUUU